GAAGAAAAGAUAGGUGCGAAAAGCACGUGGCGAAACACAGAGUCGAGUAGGAAAGGGAACGGAAGUGUGGAGGAAAGGAGGACAGAGCGUGGUGGGAUUAGAUACGAGGAGGAUUUUUGUGGAAAAGAGUUUGUGUAGGGCAGAAGUGACUUUCAAAAGAAGAGAGGAGGCAAAUAAGGUCAUGGAAGAGGGGCAGAAAAGAGAGGGGUAUGUUGGAGCUUUCAUCCCGGAAAAGAUGAGAUUUAGAAAAGGCGUCAUUAGAGAGUGGCCGGGAACAAUGGAGGAGUUGAAGAACGAAGCCAUGCCGGGGCAGGGGCAUUUCAUACUGGAGAAACUGAGAAGAGGUCCAGUGAUAGAGGGAAGAAGGGGAAGACAGGACGAUGAAGAGGAGCCAUUGUUAAUAGUGUUUAAAGGAGAUAAGUUGCCUACUACGCUAUUGAUCGGGCAGGGACACGUAGGAGUGAAGAUAUGGCCAUAUAUUGAGAGAGUUAAGCAGUGUUAUGUGUGCUGGAAAUUUGGACAUACACAGAAGUUUUGUAAAUUGAGAAGACCGCUCUGUGGAAGAUGUCGGGAAGAAAAACAUGGGGUGUGCAAAAAAAUUGAGAAAUGUGUGAAUUGCAAAGGAAAUCAUGAGGCCUUUGCGAAAAGCUGCUGGGUAUACCAGAAGGAAUUUGCCAUAAAGAAGGUAAUGGCGUACAAAAAUGUGGCUUUUGAAACAGCAAGGAGCAUUGUGGAAAGAGCAGUAGGAAUAGAGGGGAUAAGACUGGAGGAUGAUAUGGGAGAAGUGAACGAAAGCAGGGAUUUCCCGAGGCUGACUAAGAGGAAGGUGAUAGAGAUGUGGGAAGGAAAAGAGGUUCCAAUGUGGGACGAGGUGGAAAAUAUUAGAAAAGGCUUUGCGAACGCUAAGGGAGUUAACCUAAAGGAGAGAGUUAAAAUGGGAGUGAGGACCGAGGAAGGAAAUAGUAAGGGGAAGAAUAUUGGACUAGGCAAUGCGUCUGGAUGGGCUGAGGUGGUAAGGAGAGGAGAAAGGAACGAGAUGGAUAGAGGAGCAAGGUGUGGAGAAAGGAGAGAUGAGGUUGAAGGACAAGAAAUAGAGGUUAGUAAUAAUUUCGAGGUCUUGCAGGAGGAAGGACAAGCGCGAGGUAUGGAGGAAGUCGGGGUGAGAGGAGAAGGGGGUAUCACUUGCAGGAGAAGGAUACCGUUCCCGCAUGACUUAGUGGGUGAGGAACCGGAAGGAAAAGCGGAAUACGAUGAAUAUAAAAUUGUAACAGAUGUGUGGAGACGAGAGAGGGAAAGGAAGGCAAUUAGGGAGGCAAAGAAAAUGGCUAUGCAAGAAAUUGAGGCAAUGAAAAAGAAGGCGGAUGACGAGUUAAUUGAGGAAUUGAUUAAGCUUGUGGAGGAAAGAGGACUAAAAGUGGCCUUUGCUGAAGAAGUAAAGGCAAGAAAAUACAGGGCUAGUAAAGAAGUAGCUCCAGAUCCGGAUGAGGACUGGAAUGAGAUAAGAACCCCGAAUUUCUUAAUGUAUAUUGACCCAAAGACUGAGGAGAGAACGAGAAGGAAGAUCGCGAGAGAAAAGAAGAAGGUAGAGGAGAAAAGGUUGGAGCAGGAGAAAUAUGAGGAGAUGGUGAGGAAGUAUCUGUUUGGUAAAGGAGAGAAGAAGGAAGAGGUCCAGAAGGAGAAGGAGGAAGAAAAGGAAGAGUUAAGGACGGGUAAUGGAAACAUAAAUGUUCCAGCAAUGUGAAAUAUAUGAGCAGGGAAGAAUGGGAAGGGGAAGAAAGAGAGAAGUCAGGAAAGGAGGAAAAAGAGAAGUUAUGGAAAGGGUAUGAAGAGGUGGCGAGGAAAUCUGUGAAUAAAUAAAUAAAUAGUGUGGUUAGAGAACUACAAUAUGACUCAGUGUAAGUGAUAAAAAAGAAAGAAAAAAAAGAGAAAAGAGUGAGAUAUGUGGAAUGGACCUGGUUUUAGAGACAUUAAGGGUACGAAAACGGUAUUGGUAUGUGUGUGGUGUUAUGGAGAUGUUCAGAGGAAGAUAAGGUUUUUUGUAAACGCUAAAGCGAAACGAAGUGAAUUAGUUAUGGUAGAGAUAUUGGUUGUGAGAAAAUUAGUAAUGUGUGUGAUUGUUGCGAUUGUGGGAAGUAGGAGGAGUAGGAAAUGUUUGAUGUUGGUUUGUUUAAUGAAGAUAUGAGGAUAGCGCUUUGGAAUGCUAGGAGUGUGAGGAAUAAAGUAGAUGAAGUUAGGAGGGUGGGAGAGGAUUAUGAUAUGAUGGCAAUUGUUGAAAGUUGGCUGUGUCCUGAAGAUUGUCUCAGGAUAAAUGGAUGGCAGGCUAGGAUUGGGGGUAGUAAUAGUAUUAAUGAAGGUGGGAUGGAAACCAUGUCUGUGGUGGUUAGGAUGAAAGAAGGAGAAGUGGAAUUUGUGAUAGGGUAUAGAAGGCCAUCUGGUAGAGGGGAUAAGGGGAUAUGGAGGAAGGUUUUUGGGGGAGGGGUAAUAGGAGAGAGAAGAGUAUAUCUUGGGGAUUGGAAUGCAAAGAAUAUGGUGUGGAAUUGUGAGGAAAAUGAUGCGGCUGGAGAAGCGCUGGAGGAGGUGUUAGAAGAAAAUGAGUUAGUGGUGCUGAAUUACGGGACAAUGUCAAGGAUUGACAGGGCGGAUCAGAGACCGUCAAAUUUAGAUUUGAUAAUUGCGAAUGGGAAUAUAGGGAUGAAAAUGGAAAUUGUUGAAACAGGGGAGACUAUGGGGUCAGACCAUCAGUUAAAAAGGAUAGAAUGGGAAGAGGAAAUAAUGGAGAUGGGGGAGGAGGAAAGUACGAGAAGGUUUAGUAGUAGUAAAAUUGAUCAAGUUGAAUUUUUGAAAUGGCUUUUGGGGACAGAAGACCAGGUGAAUAGGAUAAUGGGAGGGGAGAGGAAUAUAGACCAAAAAUGUGACAGUUUUCCAAAAUUGUUGCAAGAAGGGUUACAGGAAUGUUCAAAGGGGCGGAGAGGAGAAGAAGAUAGAAGGAGGAAUGAGGCUAAUGGGAGGAAAAGGGGGAGAAAGAAUAGGAAAGGAAGAAGAAAGAUUUGGUGGGAUGCGGAAUGUGAGAGAGUAAAAGAGGAGAGAAGAAAGGCUACGAUAAUAAUGAGGAAGAAGCCAAAUGAGGCAAAUUGGAACAGAAUGACAGAGGCAAAUAAAAGAAUGGAGGAAGUAGUAAAAGCUAAGAAAAAAGAAUCUUGAGAGGAGUUUAUAAAGGGAAUUAGGCAUAGUACUAACAUAGGAAUCUUAUGGAAAAGGGUAAAAGCU